UAUAAAUACAUCCCAAUACUGUGUUCUUCCACCGUCAAUACAUUACAAAGCUCUAACUAUGGCUUCCAGCUUCUGUUCAACCUGUGAAAUAGACACUGAAACUAUUGUUGAUCAUAGGGCUGGCUAUAAUUUAUGUUCUCGAUGCGGCUCGGUUCUUGAAAUCGGCCCGUUUGAUGAAAUUCCCGACUUGCCAAUCUUCUCAGAUUCCGAUGAAAAUUACGAUGAAUCUCAAUACCCACUUUUCGAAAUCGAUAUGUCGACUUGGGGUCCGAGCUUAAACUCCAAAAAUCAAAAGAACGUCAAGUCUCCAUUGAAGAAAGGCUUGAACCUGCUUGCAGUCAUGGGGGACAGGUUAAGGUUGACGAAAGAGCUCAAAGAAAGAGCUGCUGAGAUAUACAACAUAGUCGAUGAUUAUAGAACGUGUAGAGGACGAAGCCUAAAUUCCAUUGUCGCGGCUUGCCUUUUUCUUGCUUGUAAAGAAAGCGGAUCUUCUCGAACGUUGAGCGAAAUCGCAAAGGAGGCGGACGGAGUGUCGAGGAAGAGCAUUAAUCGAACCGCCGAAUCGAUAAAGAAACAGCUGGAAGUGGAGACCUGGAAGGUGCAGCCCAGCGACCUCAUCGAACGAUUGUGUUCGAAUCUCGGACUGGGAAAUCAAGCCAUUAAAGCAGUCAAAGAAGCUGUUGAAAGAACAGAAUAUCUUGAUAUAAGGAGGAGUCCCAAGACAGUUUUGGCUGCCAUUAUUUACAUGGUAAUCCAGCUUAGCCAUGACAAAGAACCAGCUCCGGUUAAAGAUAUUGCAAAGGUAAUGGAGGUUACUGAGAUUACAAUCAGGAAAUCAUUCAAGGAUAUUUCAAUUUUUGGAACAAAGCUGAUACCUGAUUGGUAUGCUAAGGAAGAGGACAUCAAGAAAAUUCCCAUCCCUUGAAGCUUUAGUGCAACAUUUUUACAAUAUCGGUGGACAUGAUGUUUUUGUUCUAAUAUUGAUACAUAUAGGUAUCAAUAUGUUUUUUGUUGUAUUACCACAGAUUUAUCUUCUUCUUCUUUUUACUAAGUAAUUAAACUAGAUCAACAAAGGAAUAUACUCAAAUAGUAUUAAACCGAGGCUUAUAGUGCGAACUGAUUUUGUCAAACUAUCUGC